AUGGAUCCGGAAUUGCCAGAUUAUAAUGACAUUUUCUCGAAUACUUCAAUAACAAAAUAUAAAGAGCUUGAGGAAAAAUUUGGAAAUUACAUUAAUAAAAAGAACCAAGAAAUUUUUUUACUUAUAAAAAAUAAUUAUUUUAAUAUAAUGAGUAUCGCUGAUUCAAUUAUUAAGAUUGAAGAGGAUUUAAAAACUAUUAAUGAGCAAUUUAUAAAGAUUAAAGGUUCUUUUGGAACAGAAAAGUUAUUCAAAUCUUCAAUAGGCUUAAACAUAAAAUUUAAAAUUCCUAUUUAUGACGAUAAGCUAAUAUAUGUUUAUACUACGAAGCUAUUACUAUGUCUUCCUCAAUUAAUAAGGAAACUAGCAUCAAAUUCAGAGUACUUGUUGGCUGCAACACUUUUGUAUAAAAUUAAUGCUUUAAAUGACGAGUUAAAAAUGAAAAAGAAAUAUAAUCUUUUAAAUAGCAUUCCAAUUAUGGAAUCAAAAGAGUUUUUAGCAAAAAUGAUUAAAAAGAAAAUCUGCAAUAUUAUUCCAGAAAAAAAUACAUAUAUAAUUCUAUCUGAUCUUUUUUCCCUUAAUAUAAUAUUAGGAAGAACAUCAUUGGAUAUUGAGAAAAUGUUUUGGGAAAUUAGAUUAAAAGACAUUUCUGAUAUUUCUUAUAAGGUCAAUAUGGAUCCGAACAAUUUCUAUUUUUUAUUGAAAAAAAUUCUUUAUACUGCAAUAAUUGGUCAAUGCAUAUUCCCAAAAGAAUUUAAAAACUAUAUAAAAACAAGACUAGAAAUAGAUAGUCUUUUAGUAUCCAAAUAUUAUCACAUCUAUAAUGAAAGUAUGCAUAUUUUGCAACAUUAUAAAUUAGAAGAAUCAUCAUUUGAGUCAGAUAAGUUGACUCAAGAUAACUCGAAUAAUAUAUACAUAGAAUGGGAAAAUGAGAUUUUAAAAAUUGUUCAGCAUAAUGGAUCUUAUUAUUUAAACGAAAUCAAAACUAUGAAAUCACUAGUAGAACAAUGGAAUAAUAUUCUACUAUUUUUUGAACAGACAAUAAUUAGUUUUAAUGAGAAAAAUACCAAACUAAAUACAUUUAUAUCAAAACUUUGGCAAAGUACAGAAAUUAUAUUUAACAAACGUAUAAGUUCUAUACUUAAAUUCUCGAUAAAUAUCGUUUUAGAACUAGAAGAACACGUAAAUAACGAACUUAAAAAUAUAAAAAUACAAAACGAAUCAUUUAAAUCAUCUUUAUUUAAAAACAAUAGCGAAAUUUGGAAUGGUGAUAUUAAAUUAACAAUAAACUCUCGAAUUGAUAAACCAACUAUUUUUAUAGAAAAUUUCAAAAAUAAACUCAACAAAAUUCAAGAAAAACUUGAAAAAGAUUCAUCAAUAAUCUCAAAAAGACAGAAACCAAUUAAUAUUAUAUUAGAAAAUUUAAAAUCAGAUACUUACAAAGAAAACAAUGUUUCAAAUUUUCACUUAAAACUAAUAAAAUGUAUAUAUAAUAAGUUGUCCAAAAACAUAGGAAAAACCAUAUCUGUUUUUUUAAGAUUAAAUUCAGAUAAUAAUAUAUCCAAUACAGAUAUCAAUAUCAUAUGUUAUUUUAUAAGAAUUAUUAAACUGGUUAAAUUUUCAUAUCCUCUUGGCAUUGAUCUUAAUUUCUUCUGCAAUUAUCACUUAAAGAAACUCUAUAAAACAUUAUCGUUAUAUAUUUUUCUGCAUGAAAAUAUAAAAAGGAAACUAAAAACAGAAAUAAACAAAUUGAUUUCAGCCAAAAAAUUAAACAUUUUAUGGGAAAAUAACCAAAUAUCUCUCCCAAAUCAUCCUAGUUCUCAACUAAUUACUAUUAUUCAAGAUCUUGGUUGGUAUAUGACGAAUAUUGGAAUUGAUAUUUUUGACUACGACGCUAUGCUAAUUAUACAUUAUUGUUUUAUUGACAUAAUCUAUUCUAUUCUAAAAAAUGCAUUUAAUCCUAAAUCAUUAAAUGAAAAUGAAGAUUACAAAGAAAACGAAGAAUCCAAAGAUGAGAAUAACUACUUAUAUUGCAAUGUUGAAAAUUUUCAACUUAUUCAUAUAACUAUUACAGGUCAACUACAACUAUACUUUGAUAUGAAAUACCUACUUGCAUUAUUUGGAAACGUUCCUUAUAAAAAUAAAUUAGAAAAAAUAGAUUAUAUUAUAAACGUAACUAUUUUAAUGUCAUAUUUAUAA